AAAUUCUUUACGAAUUAGCAUUCGGUUUAUACUUCCGUUUAAUUACUUCAGUCUGUUAUUCAUUAUAUAUAAAUAUGUCUGACGAUGAUUUUAUGCUUGAAGACGACGAUGAGGACUAUAAUUUCGAUUAUGAAGACGACGAACAAGAAGAACCUGACGUCGAUUUAGAGAAUAAAUAUUAUAACGCAAAAGCACGGAAGGAGGAUGAUCCUAAUGUUGCCAUUAAAGAAUUUCAGAGUGUGGUGGAUACUGAACAAGAGAAAGGUGAUUGGGGUUUUAAGGCUUUAAAACAAAUGGCAAAAUUAUCUUUUAAAGCGGGAAAUUAUGAAGCGACACUUAAAUAUUAUAAACAGCUUCUUUCUUAUACAAAGUCUGCUGUGACACGAAAUUAUAGUGAAAAAAGUAUAAAUAAUAUAUUGGAUUUUAUCUCAUCUUCUCAAGAUAUGGCCUUCAUGGAGGAAUUUUAUUCAACAACUUUAAAUGCAUUAGAAGAGGCUAAAAAUGAGAGAUUAUGGGUUAAAACCAAUUUGAAAUUAGCAAAACUUUGGCUUGAUCGAAAAGAAUAUACUCGUCUAAAUAAGAUUCUGCGUCAGCUUCAUACUUCUUGUCAAAAGGAUGAUGGAACUGAUGAUCAACGCAAGGGUACACACUUAUUGGAAAUUUUCGCUCUCGAAAUUCAAAUGUACACAGAAACCAAGAAUAAUAAAAAAUUGAAGGCAUUAUAUCAACAAUGUCUUCAUGUCAAAUCUGCUAUUCCACAUCCACGUAUAAUGGGAGUUAUUCGCGAAUGUGGGGGAAAAAUGCACAUGGGUGAAAAGGAAUGGGAUAAAGCCCAAACGGAUUUCUUUGAAUCUUUUAGAAAUUAUGAUGAAGCAGGAAGUCCUCAACGUAUACAAGUUCUAAAAUACCUUGUUUUAGCUAACAUGUUAACUGAAUCGCAAAUUAAUCCUUUCGAUUCCCAGGAAACUAAACCAUACAAAAAUGAUCCACAAAUUGUUGCUAUGACAAAUCUUGUCAGUGCAUAUCAGAGAAAAGAAAUUCGCGAAUUCGAAAAAAUUCUAAGAGAUAAUCGCGCGACUAUAAUGGAUGAUCUUUUCAUUCGUACAUAUAUUGAUGAUGUUCUUAAAAAUAUUCGAACACAAGUACUGCUUCGACUCAUUAAACCUUAUACACGAAUAGAGAUUCCAUUUGUAUCAAAGCAACUCAACAUACCAGCACAAGAUGUUGAAGAUUUGUUAGUUGGUCUUGUUCUUGAUAACAAAAUUGUUGGACGAAUUGAUCAAGUGAAUCAACGAUUAGAAUUAUACAGACAGUCAUCCGAUACUCAAAGAUAUAAUGCUGUUGGUAAAUGGUCAAAUAAUGUGUCUAAUCUAUACAAGACAUGUAUUAAUAGAGUCACAUAAUAAAGGUGGAUUUAAUGAUAAUAUAUUAAGUGAAUAAAUUUAAGUGAAUCUCAAACUUAUGAAUGUACCAUAUCGAAAUAUUUUAACGAAUGAAAAAUUUGAAUCAAAAUAAACAGAAUAAAAUCAAU